AGUGAUUAAAUUCAAAAAUUAAAUAUCUAUGAGUGUUUUAUUACUUUUAAGUAAUUAUUUGUAAAUCGCAAAAAUUCAAAACGUGAUAGAGCGAUAGAUAACACUUGUAGCUUCUAGUUUCGAUCUAUGUCCUGAUUUGAAAUAUCCAUUCGAAGGAAAAUGCAGAAAUAGGCUAAUUAUGUCGCUACAACUCGAUCAUGCCACGGUACGAAAGCUAUCUCACGAAUCUUCAGAAAUUAGGCUGCGAACUUUGGAGCAAAUAUGGAAUAAGCUGAGUCGUGCCUUGGAACACAACGAGCAACUGCAAUUUAAAGCAGGGGAUUUAUGCAAACAACUUAUCCGUUGGUUUGGAUUUCAACCAUUAUGUGCUGUAUCGCGAGUUCUUAAAUUGUUGCUAUUGAUUUUGCGUUCCAACUACAGCGAGGAAGCCAUUCAACAGUUAGGCGUGGAGCGUUUCAAAAAAGAAAUAGAAAAAGUAAAACUAUUACUUAAGAAACAUCCCACCGAAUCCCAAGCAGUAGAUGAAAUAAAUCGUUUGCUAAGUGAAUACCAAGAGAAUCAAAUGAAAGAUGAAACGGAUAAAGUUACAGAAGCUUUUAAUUUGCUUUCCCUUCCUGCUACGGGUGAAGUGGGGUGUGCUAAAUAUGAGAAGUUGAUAAGCCAUUUUGAACCAACUGAUUUCGAACAAGUGUGGUCAAAACCGACACCAGCCGAUUUUACAGCGCUCUCAUUUAUAGCAGAUUUGUUGACAACCGAUAUUGGAAAAGUGGAAAUGAGAAAUGCCCUUCUUCAUCUGGAAAUUACAAUGCAAGACUAUCCAGCCGAAUAUAUGCUUCAGGCGCCACAUGUUUUUUUGGCUCUCAUGCAUUUGUUCCGAUUUGACGAUGACAUCGAAAGCAAGAGUGUGUUAGAAGAUGUAGCUCGCCCUAUCAAUGCAUACUUGAAGCUUCUUUUAGCCCGUCUCAAACUGCGCUGUAAUGUAAGUGCAUAUUCAAUAGACACAACAAUAUCAAAAACACUCGGAAACACGCAAUUAAAAAUCAGUACAGUAUUACGUGAAGUUUUUGAAAAAGGUGUAAAACUAUUGGAAAUUUGUGUGCGAGAAUUUCGUAAAGAAGCCCGUCAAAUUUUCGAGAUCCUAAAUAACUGUAUGGAAUUAUAUCGCAAUCAACGGCUACUCAUUGAUGCAUAUAUUCUGAAGAAGUUAAACAAAAUUAUUCUUAACUUUCAAGUUUGUUUCGAGAAGGAUGAACAUUUUACAUUACAACGAAUUAAUUGUCUGUUGAUUAUAUGCCUACUGGACGAUGCAUUACUGCAUAAUAGCAAAAUGCAAUCCUACAAGGAUGAUUCCCAGAUGUUGGAGUUUCUGCUGCGUGACUACACAUUUAAAGAAAAUUUUCCGCAAAGGUACAAAAACAUUCAACUGCGCGUCCAAAAAAAUGUUGGGCGAUAUCAGAAGUUAGAGCGAUAUGAUAACUGUUUUCGAGCGGCGGUAUCAUUGUUACAGCAUCCUCAAGAUUUCGAAAGUGCACGAAUUAUAAUUAAUGGACCAGAUAUUUGUAUCGCUUUAGAAAAUUUAAAAAGUGUAAAACUCGUUGAACAUAUAAUCAGUGCGAUUAUCGAUUGUAAUGCACUUUAUGUAUCACAACCCGAGUUACGUGCAAAAGCUAAUCACCUUUUAAUUCUGCUACUGCGACUUAAGCAUGAGCCACUGCGGACGUAUGUCUACAAAAUGCUUGCUAUGGCUAUAAAGCGUCAUUUUGCUUGCUUAAUGGAAUCUGAACGCUACUGCAUUGGAUUAACCCAUGAACAGUUACUAGAUUCUCAAGUGUUAGGUAUACCGUUGAGUAGUGAGUUUUUACUCAAUCUGAUUUACGAAUGUGGCGAAGGAGCUAGGGAAAGCAUUCGCAAAAUUAGUGAGGAUAUACUUAUGCUAAUAUUGAAGUCACAGAACUUAGUAGGUGAAUAUUGGGCGAAAUAUGUGGAAUUAUUGUUACCAGUUUUGUCGUUGUUACAAUGUUGCACAAAAUCUCCACAAAUUAUAAAGCUUUUGCAAAAUUUGCUUGAUCCAGAUUCAAAGCAAUUACCAUUUUUGGCGGUAUUGCAAGGGAAUAUAACAUUCAUGUUUUAUCACGAUAGCACCGUGCGAAAUGAAGCAUUAACUCGACUCAUAUACAUGAUGAAUUCGGUGCCGGAAGCUGAAAAGUACGUGCCUAAUCUUCUUUAUAUAAGCGACAUAAUACCCAACGAUUUGUGCAUUUUGAAAAAGCCGCGAGUAUAUCAAGGAAUCUUUGUUGAUGCUACCGAUUUUUGUGAGCGAGAAACUUUGCAUAAUUUGUUGAGCUUGUUAGAGAUGCCCGAUGUGGACCCUGUGAUACGUAAAACAACACUAAUGCAAUUAAAUGUUAUGUGCCAACAAUGGCAUAAUUUGGCAGCAUUUUGUGAGGAAAGUGCGCACUAUUUGAUACUACGAGCGCUCGAAAACUCAUUGCUAGCUGCAUCGUAUGAAGAUUACACUGGAGCUGCAAUUCCUGCUAUCGGUGUGCUCUGCAAAGUUUUGCUCUAUGACGCCGCUGUGCGCCGCGAACUCUCCGAAACGCCAAAUAUGUAUGUGUUACUAUUACGAGCACUUUGUCUUUAUCAGAAUGAUAUACAGUUGCGUCAAGACGCUUGUAUUUGUCUUUUUUUACUGCUUUAUGCUAAUUUCCUUGUAGUAUUGGGCAACCAACGGGUGGAAGCGCCAAGAUUGUUAAGUCAUUUAGAGAUACCACUGAAUUGCGAAUUUCAGUCUUUCGAGCAAGGCAGUAUUUCCUUUGCUGAAUACAAUAGUGUUUUUGAGAGCAAAUUAGAAGAAACUUUAUACGUGCGCCAUUUGUUAGCUCACAGCUUUUGCGACAAACAAAUCCCUAUACCUAAGCUGUACCUGCAACAGCAAAAAAGCUACGAUUUUGAUGUUGACUUGCAGUUAACGUUACGCGAUUGGCGUUUGAUGAAUGCUACGAUCCCGAAACAAAAUAUUCAACGUUUUUUACGAGCGAUGUUCAAUGCUACAAAUCACGAGUCGUUAAUGAAUGCAAGUGUUUCGCUGCAACUACAGCUGCUUGUCCGAGAUCAGCAAUCUGGUACUGCUGCCACAUUGAUGCCUGAUAAACUAGCCACUGAGCUAUAUAGUUUAAUUGGCAAAUACUUACAACUACCACCGGGUAAUGAGUGUGAUUUUGAUCUUUUUGAAGAAUUGCUAGACCUUUGCGAUUUGUGUGUACGCCUGCCUUUACCAGCAGUGAGUAUCUGCCUAAUGGAGGAACUCAUUGCGGACUUUCAACAUGCUAUGAUAGCACUUCUUAAAAACACGGAUUUAUCACUCCGAUUAAACUGGAAAUUGUGCACAUUACUUGGAAACGUAGUCAGAGCCGUUAAAUCCGUAAACAGCCGCGAUAAAGGAGACGUGCGCAUUUUUCAUAGUAACUUAUUUGAGUUGAUCUUUCAAUUAAUAACGCAGUACUUUCAAAAACGGGAUCUACAUCGAGUACGUUGCUUAUUACAUCUACAGAAAGUAUUGAGUGCCUUCGAUAUUGACGUUCUCGAUGAGCAGCUCCUUGGUUACUGCAGGCGUUUUAUCAAAUUAUCACUUGCUUUGAGAUCGUCUACCUACACAGGUGCACAAUGGCAGAUUGAUUGCCUUACCAUUGUAUGUCAAUUGUAUGCUCAAAUGGAACAACCAACACAUAAUUUUAAGCUCAGUGAUUGUACCGUUAAGUAUUUGAGUGGUUUAUGUGGUCACUGCAACCGGCAAGUGCGCGCGCUUGCCUGGUGUAUUUUAACAUAUCUGUCGCGCUAUGAAGAGCGUAAUGAUGUAAGAAAAUCGCUAACAUCAGGUAUUGACUUUAUAGAAAAAACGCUAUCUUAUCUUCCUGGAGGUUUUAUGGCAUGCUGUUUGUGCACAUUUUUAGAUAUCGGCGAAACAAAUGUGGUACGCCAGUUGGCGGCCAAUUUAUUUACUAAAUUCCUCAGUGAUAACGGUAAAUAUAACGAUGCAUAUGAAUUGCUUACGCGGCAUAGAUUCCUCCCAACCGCAGAUGAGGCUGUACGUGGCACCUGUGUAUUUGAGGAACAAUUACCUACACAAAUUGAUUCCAAUUCAGUAAUCAGCAUAACCAGCUGCGAAUUGAUAAGCCUUUUUUGCCGGAUUUGCUUGAGGAUGCUGCAAAUCAAUGCCGAUUUCGCCACUGACUUGUGUGCAAGCGAUUUUAUGAUCAGAUUGUAUGAGUUGCUGAAAGUGCCAUCGGCGCAAUCCAAUCCUGCGUACUACACAAUGUGCGGCGAUUUGUGUCACUUGUAUGGCUCGUGUUAUUCUGUAAAUUUUGUUUUUCUGCAACGGACUUUAUGUCGUGAUCAUGCUUGGUUAAUGCACUUUUACCAGUUGCUCGAUCAGCCACUUGCGUCUGAUUCCGUUAUAGUCAAUGUACUGCAGCUUCUGUUAGUUAUAUGUAAAGAUAAUUUAGCCUAUGAAAAGUUGUGCCAAAAAAUUGCUAAAGCACCUGAAUUUCUUGUGAAACACUUUUUACGCGCUUUUAACGUGGGCAAUGUCGAUACCCCUUUGCAACGGUGUUCUCUGGCAGCGCUUAGUUUAUUACUAAUUAAAUCCCAAAAUAAAUUGCCCAAGCAUGAUGAACGAAAAACGUUUUUGACAGUACUUGAAGAUCAUAUUGAAAUAAGAGAUUCAACCAUCAUCAAGGAAGGUCGUAUUGCGUGCAAGACAACAAAUAUGGACGAAAUUGUAUCGAACAGGCAGUGUGGCGAUAUGAGUCGCGAUUCAAGCGCUUACAAAAUUGCUCCUGUGGAUAAUGAAAAAAUCGAAGACAUAGCCAUGGCAGGCAGCACUAGCUCAUUGCCGGGAGUUGUUCGUAAAUCUGCAGCUGCUUUUAUUUUCGUUGAGCUGUUUCGGCUUUUUCAGCACCUAUAUACAGUUCCGGCUUGCAAAUUUAAUACUGCGCCAUCCAAAGCACAAGUACAAGUUGGUGAAACAUUGGGUGUUCUUUUGGGUCUUUCUCCCGAAGCGAGGUUGGCAGCAAAUGGGCUGAAACUUUUUGAUAAAAUAACGCAGAUCUUUACUACGUUUUUUGAGCAGUUUAAAUGCACUGCCACUACGUAUGUGCGUCGAUAUGGGGAGAGCAAAAAGGUAGCAUUAAUUAAAAAUUUUCAAUUGCUGUUGAACAUACAUUUACAUUGGUUUGCGGCUCCUGAUGCAGCGCUUACUGAUAAUUCGCAAAGUGUCGCUCUCUCUAAGCUUACAAUGCAGUUGUGGCCGUGGCUACCAUAUUCUUGUGAAUUAAAGGAGUUGGUAUUGCAGGUGUGCACAUAUCACAGCGAACACUCAUUUGUGGUAUGUCAACAAUUUUCUUCGCUGUUUUCCGGAUAUGCCCAUUCAUUGCUACAACUAGUCAUUAAGUUGGUUGUAGCUGAAACAACAAAGUUAAAAGCGAAUAAAGCUGACGAUUUUCCAGUUAUCAGCACAGGACUGCGCGUCGUUAUGAAUUGUUGCUCUUGCGCUGACGGUCGCAUCACCAUCAUUAAGGCACACAUGUUGGACAUGUUCGAUGGCCUGCAUCCGUUUCAUUUAAAGUCGCCUAAAGUGAAAGCGGAAAUAUUGCGCUCAUGGUUGCAGUUUUGGGAACUAUUUUCGCGCUACCAAGAAGGUGCACAAGUCCGCAAUUUACGAGCUUUAUGUGAUGUAAUAUCACGAACUUCUACCCAGAGUGCAACACGCGUAAUUUUGCUGCGUAUAUUACGUAAUAUGUGUUUCUUGCCUAGUAAUCGCUCAGCAAUAAUGAAUUCAGCGGAUUUCAUUUGUGUCGUCGAUACGAUUGUUGCCCAUCCAUUAGAUUCGAAAUCCACGUCAAAUGCGGUACUGGAAUGUGCAUCCUAUGAAGAACAAUUGAUUGUGUGUGUUGGUGUUUGGAAAUUAGCAUCAGCGGGUGUCAAGUAUGUUGCGCUGUUGCGCAGCACUACUUUGGCCAGGCAUCUGCGGCAAUUACAUGAACAACUAGCAGCGCUCAAGGAUACAGACUCCAAAAAGUUCUCCAGUAUCUCUUUUGCGAACGACUUAUUAUAUGUUCUGGAUGUAGUUUUAAAUAUAUUUAAUAAUUAGCUAACA